UUUGGAGAGGCUAAAACAAAUUUCUGAAAAAUUCAGAAGGCUAACUGUUGCAUAGUUUAAUGAUUGUUUUGACUGCCGUACAUGAGUAUUCUAAAGUGUGAAUUGAAAGUGACGGUAAUCUGCUGAGCUUGUUGUUCUCUUUGAGACACUGAUCCGGGAUUAAAGAAACCUUGACAGCUUCAAAUAGAGAACACUUGUUUAAUGCAGAAUGAAAUCCUUCAGACUUGUGGGCCUCAUCUAGUCAAUCUAAGCAUCACAAGCUUUCAUAUAUAAGUACACAUGGUGUGUAAUGGAUUUGCAAUAGUGAUCAACUGUGUCUUCACCUCACUGGCUUCAUCCCUAGAAGCCAUUCACUAGCUACUGCACAAGUAGUACAGGAGCAUCUUUUGUCAGAUUUGCUUCAGGCUUGAUCUUUUCUUGUGUGAGAUAUGGAGGAGAGAAAUGAUGUCAACAUGGACAAGUCAGAUGAGAUCCUCCUGCCUGGAUUCAGGUUUCAUCCUACAGAUGAAGAGCUGGUUAGCUUCUAUCUCAAGAGGAAGAUCCAGCAGAAGCCUAUCUCCAUUGAGCUCAUCAGGCAGCUUGACAUCUACAAGUUUGAUCCUUGGGAUCUCCCAAAGCUUGCGAGCACGGGUGAAAAGGAGUGGUACUUCUACUGCCCGAGGGACCGGAAAUAUCGCAACAGCGUGAGGCCGAACCGGGUGACAACAGCUGGGUUCUGGAAAGCCACAGGAACUGACAGGCCAAUCUACUCCACUGAGGGUACCAAGUGCAUAGGCCUCAAGAAGUCCCUUGUCUUCUACAAGGGCAGAGCUGCAAGAGGGAUCAAGACUGACUGGAUGAUGCAUGAGUUCAGGCUUCCUACGCUCACCGAUCCAUCGCUCCCGAAGAAGCCGAUUGACAAGAACAUUCCGCUCAACGACUCCUGGACAAUCUGCAGGAUCUUCAAGAAGACCAGUUCCAUGGCACAAAGGGCACUCUGUCAGACCUGGGGAGCUCAAUUGCCUGGAACAAUUGAUCCAGACAUCUUCUCUACAUUGCAAUCUGUGCAAGCUUCACAGUUUGCCCUGGAGAGUUCCUCCUGCUCAUUGCAAGCUGCAGCAACGGCAGCUCAUCAGAUCACUAGCAAGUAUGCAUUGCAAGGUAAUAAUAAUAAUCAGCAGCAGCAGCAACAGCACAAGCCUAGCAAUCCACUAGAUGGAUCUUCAUGCAAGGUCAUAAACUUCAACUGCAGUCAAUCUGCAGAAGUCCAGAACUCCCAGAUCAUACUGCCAUUUGAGGCACACACAUCGCAGAAGACCGCUACGCCGCUGCUCUUCGACACGCAGUUUGGGCAGCCUGACCAGAUCAGCAGAUUUGUGGUCGAUUCAUCUGUAAAUGCAAAUGGAGGAGGCAUCAGCAACAAGAGCCAAGAUCCAUCAGCAAGAAAGCCUGGCAGUGGCUUCAGCAUGAACAGUGACUGGGAUGGUGUGGCAAGAAUCAACUUCCCGUUCGAUUUAGGAGCAGAUUCUUCAGAAGAUUGGAGGAGCAGCAUACCUUGGGAAUCCUUCCUUAGCCCAACUACUGUCCAUGCUGAGAUGCCAAACUAGCUGCAGAGGAAUGCCAGGGGUGUUGUUACUAAUAUUAUUCAGAGAUAUAGAUGUACAAAUACAGUGAGUCACCUUCAUCUGUUAGCAUUUCUGUUAGCAACAAAAAAAAAAAAGGUAUUGUUUCUUCAGUUUUGAUUAGAUGUACUGUACAUACUGUGAGAUAUAGGAGUACUUGUUAACAGCAAAGCUAACAGAGAGAAGGUUACUUUGGUUGUGUUGUACAUACAUUUUCGAGUUUCUGAGUGCUGUGAGAGUGUGAUGAGUAUUGUAUUGUCAGUAGAAGAAAUAUAUGUGAAUUUAUAUGGCAGAUUGGCAGCUUUAGAAAUA